GUUAAGGAAUGAUGUAGAGCUGUAGCAGACAGCACUCACACAUUCUCCAUACAGACGCACUCACACACAAAGCACACACAGUCGCAGGCUAAGAGGUGAAUCUCAGGUGGCUCCUGGUAGACAGGGGAAAUUCAGAGAAUAGACGCACGCACACACAAAGGCAACGCACGCUCCUCCGACAGGCGUGUCAGAGACUGUAGACAGCAGGCAUGGGGCUCGCCAUGGGGACUUUUUCGAUGCAGAGCAAACAGGUGGACUAUUGCAAAGAUAAGGUAGAUGAUGAUUUGGAGAUGACAGUGGUGUGUCAUCGUCCAGAGGGACUGGAGCAACUGGAAGCUCAGACCAACUUCAACAAGAGAGAACUGCAAGUGCUCUACAGGGGCUUUAAAAACGAAUGUCCGAGUGGGGUAGUCAAUGAGGAGACAUUUAAACAGAUCUACUCACAAUUCUUUCCUCAUGGAGAUGCCAGUGCAUAUGCUCAUUACUUAUUCAACGCCUUUGACUCAGGUCACAGUGGCAGCAUUAAAUUUGAGGACUUUGUGACAGCUCUGUCCAUCUUGUUAAGAGGUUCAACAAGGGAGAAGUUGCAGUGGACUUUCAACCUAUAUGACAUUAACAGAGAUGGCUACAUCAAUAAGGAGGAGAUGACAGACAUUGUGAGUGCUAUCUAUGAUAUGAUGGGGAAGUAUACCUAUCCUGCUCUAAAGACAGACACUCCUAAACAACACGUGGAAGCUUUCUUUCAGAAAAUGGACAAAAACAGAGAUGGUGUCGUCACUCUUGAUGAGUUCAUUCUGUCCUGUCAAGAGGAUGACAACAUCAUGAGGUCUCUGCAGCUCUUCGAGAACGUGAUGUAAAAGGUGGACCAAACGAGAAGACAAAAAAGGAACAGGGAUGGUCUUUCAGCAAAUGCCUGUUACUCUGUUGCAGAGAGAGAAAAAAAGCGGCUUCUCUGACUCCGGCAAUUCAUAUUGUCACGGUAACCUGUAGCAAUUUGUGUAGCUGGACAUCAGUGCUACAUCGCUAUGUGUAUAGCAAUGCCACGUUACCAUGACAAUGUCCAGGUUGUUAGGGUGUUAUUUGGGAAACCUGACCACUGGCUUCUGUUGGACCCUCCGCCCUUGUUCCUGUUAUUUUGCAUUGUCAUCCGUGUUUACUGUUCCAGUUCAUCACUUUGGAGGCUGAAAUAGCUUCACUCAUUUCAUUCAUGUGUUAGGCCCAUUAUGUACUCCAGAUAAAGCCAUCAAAGGAUUUAGAAGAAAACUGAUAGCAUCCUGAAAUUCUAGAAUGAUGUGAUUUUUUUAAAUUCAUUUUAUUGGUGUAUUAAUUAAUGUUUAAAGCAAAGACAAAUAGAUCUUUUCCAAGUGUUGGGAAAACCCUGGGAAAAAAUAACUCAGUGGCGCUCAAAGUAAGUGUAACUCUCCACUGCAAUGAUUUGUCAGAUAUGUGGGACAAAAUGUUUUAUUCGUUUUUGCUGUGGCUAGGACACAGCGAAUGGUCUUAAAAUGAUAAUGCAAACUCAUCCUUCUCUUUGUUGCAAAAAACAAAUUCCCCAAGUCCUCUUUCGGUGUACAUGUUCUAUACCGUGACUUCAGCAGGACCAUAAAUAGAUCCACAGGAGACCUGUUCCCACACCCCAAAGCAUUGGAGAUCAUAAGAAAGAUGUGGUAGAUACCGCAGAUGAAACUCGCCUCUGGUCUGACAAAGCUGGAAUGUAAUAUUCUAAUAGUUGAAUAAAACCUUUUAUCUGCUCUACAGAUAAUAAUUAGAUAGAUAGCGAGGCUAGCUUGUUUUUUGUUGCUGAUGGCAUUUCAGUAGAUUAUAUAUUUGGAACCCUUUAGAGAUGGAGAGUAAAUAUAUCUAAUCAAGAAAUGUAAACAUGUAGGUUUAGGUUUUAACAACGCAACCUAAAGUUAAAUAUUAAGUUUGACAACUAUAGCUCCAAUUUUGUGAUAGAUUUUAAAAUUCAGAUCUGAUAAAAUACUCUGUAGGCCAUCUUAACUAUUAAACAAGCAUGACUGACAAUGAUCAACUUUUGAAUUAGGUCAUAAUAUGAGCCCAAUAUGUUAUCUAUAUUUGUCUAGCCAUUCAGCUAUUUUUUUCUACCGAACAAGUGGAUUAUUAGUUUUCCACAUACUAUUCCCAGAAUGCUCCGUAAGGCCCAACUGAUCUAUUGAUGAGUGUUUCUCCCUAUUCAAAACCAUCUCAUGAUAACAUUGAGCCUCUGGCACUUUGAUGAAUUGCAUCAGUUUCUUUGUUUGUGGAAGAACAGAUCACAGAGUUUCUUCUCUGCUACUUGCUCGAAAUGUCAAAUUUGGUCUGUGUGUGUUCCUGUGUCUACGUAUUUUUGUGCUACAGUAUAAUUAUGUUACAUAUAUGUCAGUGCAUGUUUGCCCCUAGGUCGAGACACCUCUGUUGCCAGAUUGGUCUGUCUGUCUGUCAUUCUGUCUGACAUUAUCAGUUAGAGAGGGAGUGUGUUUUGGCAAGGCCCAUCUACCUAAUUCAGUGGUCUCUCACAUUUGAUAGACGGGACUCAUUGACAAUUAGUUACCAGUCACUGUGUGCGCUUUAUACUAUAGCGUCCUGCCACAUUAUAGUAGUUGUACUAAUUCUAAAUGUUGUUCUGUGGGUAUGUUUUCUGUUUUAUUGCAUGAAAGCUGUGAACUACCAAAUAUUGGUACUGCUCAGUAACAACAUAGCCAUACCUCCACACACUGUGAUGUAGGUAAGCAGAGAUUGGGGGGGGGUUGCAAGUUUUACAGCGGCAACAGACUGCUCACCUCCAGAAAGACCUGAACUUGAGAAAAACAGAGAUUCAAGUUAUGAACCAGGAUAAGUAAGCCAUUGUUUCAUUUUGACUGCUUCACAAUGACUGCUGAAUUAUGUUAACAUUGUAAUUAGCUAGAUGAAUUACCCAGAUUGGUUAUAAUGAUUGUGGUGACAAAAGAAGCCAUGGCUUUACUGCCCUCAGUGUACUUUUAGUAAAAUAUUUGUUAUGUAUUAAAUUCUCAUAUUAUAAUAUAAUUAGAAUGCAUUAUAAUAUUUGAGAUUUGUCAGAUUCAGACCAGAUCAGUAUGUCAGAUUUGGUAUGAAAAUGUAUUCCACAGCAGGCUAAGCAAACUCAACACAACCUAUUCAGAUCAAUAUAGAUAUUGACCAGUAAUAAAUAUAGUUUAUUGCUGGUUUAAACAAGUAUUCCACUCUAAAUAAUAGAUUACUGCUCCAAGAACUGUGAAAAGGGGUUUUAAAACAGAAACAGCAAAAAUUAGCAGCUGAAGCACUAGCCUUGAUUUCUAGGCAAGAACCGUCACUCUUUGGAGCAGCAGAGUCAACUCUCCCAUCAGGGACUAACGGACUAGCGCUGUGGUGAGAACAAUUCAGUGCACUGAAGUGCACUUCACAGUUCCACAGUGAAACUCGUUUAACUGUAUCCAGAUGACUUCUGAACAACUGAUUCUAAAUCUCUCAGAGGAGAUCUGGUGAUGAUUAUCAAUACGCAAUGGGUUCUUCAUCAAAACAGAGUAGCGCACAAUACAUGCAGCCAUAUGUCCACUCACUGUGACAGGAAUGAACAGAGCAUGGAAGAGGGAACACCUCAGACCAUUUUUCCUUCUCCCUGCAUUCUGCUUACACACCAUGUUUUGAGUGAUGAUUUAUGUUCACAGCUGAUGUAACAGUUAAUAAAUGGACUUGGCAGUUUGCUGAAAAUCUUUGAUUGUACUGCAGACUGAGGGAAAUGAGAGACAGACAGACCGACAUGCAGGCAGACAGAGACUGGAAACAGGCUUUCUUGUUGCUGUAAAAAGUGAUAUUUAACAAUAAUAAAUUUCAAAGAAAAACAC